AUGGCGAGAAGACCGAGGGGCGGUGAAGUGAAUACUAAUCGGCCACAACGAACCAUCAUUGGCCGUGUUUAUGAACCGUUCAAGCCGAUAUCUGAAUGGAAACAAGAAGAUCAUUACGACGCUCUUCUUAUUUAUCUCCCUGGAUUCCGGAAGGAGUUUAUGAAGCUCACAGUCGAAUAUCCGAACAAGCUUCGGGUUCGUGGAGAGCAUCUUGUUGCUGGAAACAAAUGGAAUCGGUUUCGGGAAGACUUUGAAGUUCCUAAAAACUGUAAAAUGAGCGGAAUUCGAGCUAAAUUCGAUGGCGGAAUCCUCACCGUUACCAUACCAAGGAAGAUCAACGAUGCACCCACCACCACCAACGCCGCCACCAUCGCCGCCGCAACCACCCCAAAGUCAAAGGAACCCAUGAAAAAUGCAAAACAAGAUCAUACAGACACAGCAAAGCGGAGUUCUUCUUCCAAUUUAGAUGCCACUGAUCAAAAUCUCCGGCCACAACCACCGGCGGCGAACCCUGGUGGUCUGCAACCACCAUUAGAUGGAUCCAAAUCAACAGAAGGGAUCAGCAGUAAAGUGGAGGAGUAUAAGAGGGUGUGGAAAGGGUUAGCCAUGGGAGGGAUGAAGGAGGAAAGAGCGGUGGUGGUGAACAUGGUUGCGGUGGUGGUGCUGGUGGUUGCUCUUGGGGUUUAUGUUUCCUACGCCAUUAAUGGAACUUCGAGCUACCGGAAUAAUCAAGCAGCAUAUUGA